GCUGAGCGCUACGCUACGACAGCUGAGCGCUACGCUACGAUGAGGACUGCUUCCUUUCGUUGCAGCUGAAGGCCUCUUUUCCUUCAUAAACGCGACUCUUCAUCAUUUUCGCAAUCAAACUGGCAAGUAAUUAAAAAAAAAGGGCUGGGUUUUUCUUGUGCAAGAAUCGCAAAGAUGCUGAAUUUCUCUCGAUUCUUAGUUCACAGGAAUCAACUAGCUGGAAGAGUUUUGCCUCAAAAAGUUUGCAAUGUUAACGAUGCAUCAUGGUUGAGUAACUUUACUUCCCAGCAUGUGUUUUCAACUGCUAGUUCUGGAGUGAUGAAUAACGGAAAUUAUGCAGGAAGAACAUAUGCAGAUUUCUCCAUUUUCAAGGGGAAAGCUGCACUUUUAGUUUCUCCUGUUCCCCCAAAGUUUAGUAAGAUUGAUUCUGGGAUCUCUAAAAUUGAGAAUAAGCAACUUAUUAAAAGUCAAAUAGAGAUCAAAUACCAAAAAGCACAGGUUCUCUCUCCUCCCGAGGCGCUUUCAGUCUUCAUCUUCAUCUCUCCCACAAGACCUUCACCUGUUCUCUCUCCUCACGAGGCGCUUUCAAUCUUCAUCUUCAUCUCUCCCAUAAGACCUUCACCCGUGACCAGAGCCAACUCCUCCUCCUUCGCCUCCCUCCAAAAGACCAUUUUUGCCCUAGCCCUAGCUCUCACGACGACGGAAAAUGGUCUAACUGGAGACGAAUACGAGGACGUGAAGACGAGGACGGGAGAAGAAGCUUACGAAGAGAAGAUGUUUGCUUUGUCAGCUACUGAAGUUGGGAGUUUGAUAAGUCUAGGUCCUACAGAUUCUUGCGAGUUUCUUCACGAUCCUUCAAUGAAAUCAAGUCUUGAAGGACAAGUGAAGAAGACAUUAACUGUCUCUCCUAUCCAUGAUAGCGGUGGCUACUUCUUUAAUUUGUCCGUCUUGAAUUCUGCCCAGAAAACAACUGAACGCUUUUCUGUACCCGUAACGAAGGCCGAGUUUGCAGUGAUGCGCACAGCUUUUGGUUUUGCCUUGCCACACAUCAUGGGCUGGGAUCGAGUUGUUACUCCACAAUUCGUUAACACCAGCAAUUCUGCUCAGUUGAAGGAGCCAACAAUGCGGCUGACCCCAGAUUUUGAAUGGGGAAGGUGAAAAUAUUCACAAUUCUUCGCCAGUUGUCCACACAUAGUUUCAUGUUUUAAGCUACCUAAGGUAUUUUCACUGUCAUAGAUGGCUAAGAUGAAUUGUAGCCCAACAAGAUCUUUAAAUGUAUCUGUGUGGAUUGUCAGGUACUCUAUCGCAAACUUAGUGGAUUUUGUGAAAACUUAUCAGUAGACAAUAUACGCUCGCUGCUAUGCUAACAUUACAAGCGUUUAGAUUACUUGUUUUUGAGAACAAACUGGAAUUGUUCCUUGAGGGUGACAAAAAAAAAAUAUUUUUAUAUG